AUGCUGGUAAGAAGACUUGAUGCAUCAAUAGUUAGAGAAGACUCACCAGAAAUACCACUAACAGAUGCACUCAUAUGGGUUUCAGCAGCUUGGAAAGAAUUGUCCCCUGAAAUAGUCAAAAAUGAAUUCAAUCGUUUAUGUGAUAGUGAGAUAACCAAUUAUUGUGAUGUUAAAGACAAUAUUCCGUUACCAUUCUUAUUUUCAAAUACUAAAUAUUUAGAUUUGAAAACGUAUGCGUUAGUCAAUGAGGAUUUGUUAACUGAAAAUUCAAAUCCGUCAGAUGUCCAAGUGAAAAGUGAAGAGCAAAAACUUGCGACUAGUAUUAAAAGUUUGUAA